AUGCCAUCAGACAAUUAUAACUUUGCCGACGUCUUCCAAGCUGUCUUCAUCUCAAAGCAGAAGCCGGCUCCUAAACCCAUCGCCGACAUGAUGAAGGCUAUAAUUCAGAGUUACCCUCCCUUGGGCCAGUUUACACAGACCCCGAAUGGACAACUUUCCGUGACGGCUGUUCUCGAGGUACCCGCUUCCCGUGCCGACGAGCCCUGGCAAGUUGCAUUAUGGCAAUCAAGCGAUGGCAGCGAAUGGGCUGAAAUCGCCCUAUCCCGCCUUUCGGAUGGUGAUGGUCCGACAACUCUGCAGACGGUGCCAGACCACGUCCGACGAUUCUUCUUUUCUGCUUCCGUCGCCUUCAAUAAGACGUUUCAGUUUACUCUGAAAUUCCGACAUGCGGAGAGCGACCCAUGGCGGUGGACUCGUGAUGAGCUCGGAAUUGGUGACGGUACUGUCGUUGUGAGCAUGAAGCCAGUUCUCCAGAGUGUCUCGGAGCGCCUGGAAGACAUUGUAGCGGGUCUCAACCCUGCUUGGAACGUGAAGGCGUUGAUGAGCCAAUGUCCCGGCACUCGAUUGUGGUCUUUGGAAACUGGAGUGAGCGGUGUUGAUGGCGAUGAGUCCAAAAUUGCUGAUAUUUCGUUGGGCGUGCCUUGGGGAGGCUUCCAGAGGUGGUUCGCUCUUGUUCGCAUAUGGACCCCCUGGUUGGCCCCACGGCAUGGGCAAGCAACAUUUCAUCUUGAUAAAGAUGCUGUGCUUUGCUCCUUCUUAAGCCCCGAGGGCAAGCAUCUUGUUCUCCUUGCUGUAAGCGGGGUGAACAAUGUUCUUUCCGUUUUCCGUCACAACGACUCCGGACAGGUCUCCGUUCAUGCGCGCAACGACGGCACUGCGUCGGAGAACGCAAGAGUUCUUGCAGCUAUUGGUGACAAUUUCGAGAGUGCAAACGCUGCUGUGAUGUAUCAAGCUAGAAACUAUGUCAUUACAGAGAAGAAGGCAAGCAACGAACUGCAAGUCGAGAUGAAGGCUAUUGAAGAAGGAGUCAAACCAGAGUGGAUGGAGAACUGGUACGACGGGCUUGGUUUCUGCACUUGGAAUGCUCUUGGACAGCGCCUUACUGACGAAAAGAUUUUUGAUGCUGUGGACAAGCUGGCGGAGAGCAACAUCAAAGUUACCAGUCUCAUCAUCGAUGACAACUGGCAGACCAUUGACUAUAAAGGGCAUGGCCAGUUCCAGCACGGAUGGUGUGAGUUUGAAGCGGAGCCUAAAGCUUUCCCCAAGGGCCUAAAGGCGACCGUUGCACACAUUCGGGAGAAGCACCCACAUAUUCAACACAUUGCAGUGUGGCAUGCUCUGUUAGGCUACUGGGCGGGUAUCUCACCCGAUGGUAAGAUUGCCAAGGAGUACAAGACAAUUGAAGUCAUACGAGAAGAUGCCGAACGACGAAAUCUACCCCUGGGUGGUAAAAUGACUGUAGUAGCUAAGGAGGAUGUCGAUAAGUUUUACAACGACUUUUACAAGUUCCUUGUCGACUGCGGCAUCGACGGUGUCAAAACCGAUGCCCAGUUCAUGAUGGACACGUGGGUCUCGGCCCGCGCGCGUCGUGAGCUCAUCGACGCCUACCUCGACGCCUGGACGAUAUCUUCCCUCCGCAACUUCAGCAUCAAGGCAAUCUCGUGCAUGUCUCAAACUCCACAGAUCCUCUUCUACAACCAGCUUCCCCGCAACAAGCCCGCGAUUCUUUGCCGCAACUCGGAUGACUUCUUCCCCGAAAUUCCUGCCUCACAUCCAUGGCACGUCUGGACUAACGCCCACAACAGCUUGCUUACGCAACACCUCAACAUUUUGCCCGACUGGGACAUGUUCCAAACUGUACACGACUACUCUGGUUUCCACGCUGCGGCGCGUUGUGUCAGUGGUGGGCCGAUCUACAUCACAGAUGUCCCCGGGCAGCACAACCUAGAUCUUAUCAAGCAGAUGACGGGUUUAACCAUUCGUGGGAAGACGGUUAUUUUCCGCCCCAGCGUUCUGGGGAAGACCAUCGAAGCAUACACGGGGUACGAUGACGACAGUUUGUUGAAAAUUGGCUGCUACCAUGGCGCUGCCGUUACCGGCACCCCGAUCCUCGGCGUAUUCAACAUCUCGGCCAGGCCUCUGACGGAGAUCGUCCCCGUCACCUCCUUUUCCGGUGUCUUGCGCUCAAUGCGCUACGUCGUUCGUGCUCAUACAUCCGGCAAGAUUAGCUUGCCGGUUUCUCCGGGCUCGCCUGCUGCUUCGUUAUCGGUUGCCUUGGACGUACGGGGAUAUGAGAUCUUCACAGCGUACCCGCUAUCUAGCUUCGACAGUGACACCAAAGGCAAGGUUUGGACUGCCAAUCUGGGAUUGAUAGGAAAGAUGACUGGCGCGGCGGCCAUCGUUAACAGUGAUUUCUUACUGCGACAUGACGGCAAGAUCGAGCUCAAGACUCGUCUUAAAGCAUUGGGCGUCCUUGGACUGUACAUUUCCAAAUUGCCCGAACUGACGAUCGAUGACGACUUCCUCGUCACCAUCCAAAACCAAGUGAUUCCGGUACAUACGGUAUCGAUCAGCAAGAGCAAUGACACGGUGCUGGAGAUCGAUAUCGAAAAGGCUUGGCAGGAGUUGGGGCUGCAUCCUGGCUGGAGCAACGAGGUUGAGAUAACCGUAACUUUUGCAAUCGACCACGAGCAGGGUGAGGACUGA